AGAUAGGAGAAGUUCCUCCUUUCCAGAACUUUGCAGAUGGGCAGAAGCAUAACAGGAGAGAGGGUCAGGCUGUUUCAAUUGCAAAAAUUUCCUCAAGCUGAUAGGUAUCCAAAUGAUGAAUCAAAAACUUUGGGCUGGUUUCAUUAUUCUGCUGAAUCUGCAGCUUGGUUCUACCUACAAGCUUGUCUGUUAUGUCACCAACUGGGCUCAGUACAGGAAAGAACCAGCCACGUUCACCCCAGAUAACAUAGAUCCAUUUCUGUGCACCCACUUAAUUUUUGCUUUUGCGGAUAUGGAGAACAAUCAAAUUAAAACUAGAGAAUGGAAUGAUGCAAUACUUUACAGAAAACUCAAUGCCCUAAAGAACAGAAAUAGCAAUUUACGCACAUUGCUAGCAGUUGGAGGGGGAACCUUUAAUAACCAAAAAUUUACUACAAUGGUAUCAUCUUCAGCAAAUCGCCAGACAUUCAUCUCAUCAGUUAUAUCUUUUCUCCGUGAGUAUGGAUUUGAUGGUCUGGAUCUGAACUGGGAAUACCCAGGUACCAAAGGUAGCCCUCCAGAGGACAAACACCUCUUUACCAUUCUGAUUCAGGAACUAUCAGCAGGCUUUAGGAGAGAGAGUGAACAAACUGGAAAUCCACAGCUCCUGCUUUCAGCGGCUGUAUCUGCAAGCAAAACAACCAUAGAUGUUGCAUAUGAAGUGCCUGCAUUGGGGAAGAAUCUUGAUUUUAUCAAUGUGAUGACUUAUGAUUUCCAUGGAAGUUGGGCUCCAGUGACAGGACACAACAGCCCACUGCAUCAAGGUUUAAUAGACUAUGACCCAGUUCCCUUCUACAAUUGUGAAUAUGCAAUGAAAUAUUGGAAUGACAGUGGAGCACCAUCUGAAAAACUCAUGAUGGGGUAUCCAACAUAUGCACGUACUUUUAGACUUUCUAGUACAAAUACUAAUGUUGGUGCUCCAGCCUCUGGUGGAGGCAGUCCUGGAGUCUAUACCAAAGAUUCUGGUGUCCUGGCAUAUUACGAGGUUUGUGCAUUCUUACAAGGAGCUAGCAAAGCAUGGAUUGAGGAACAGAAGGUUCCAUAUGCUUUCAAAAAUGGAGAAUGGGUUGCAUAUGAUAAUGAGAAAAGUUUUCAGUUUAAAACUGAGUUUUUGAAGACGAAAGAGUAUGGAGGAGCCAUGGUCUGGACUCUUGGUCUGGAUGACUUCUCAGGCAAUUUCUGUGGUCAAGGAAUCAACCCCCUUGUGAAUAAACUAAAGAGUGUUUUAAUGAACUGAGGCCUCUGCAAGAAGACUGGAGAGUCUACCCCAUCCUCAUCUGUAUACAACAUUCCUGAAGUUUCUUGAUCAUAAAUACUUUGGAGGA